UAUUUAAAAUUCUGAAUCUGUGUGCAGGAAAGAUAAAAAAACAGCCUCGUUUUGUAGAAUCUGCAUAUGAUAUCAUAAAACUGUGUAGAAACGAACUCUCCCCCAUUUACAAAUGAUGCUUCAAUCAAAGACUAUUAAAAAUUACUCUUACAAUUCUUCACUCUUAUUGAAGCUUGCCAUUUUUGAAAAAGAAAGUAUCGGAUGAAAUAACUUAUGCUGAAGAUACUGCUAAUUCAAUUGCGCUUCUGGGUAAGUUAAGAUUUCCUUAAGGUAUACGGAUGUAACGUAUGACAGGUCCUACUGACAAGGAAGUAUCUAUUUUCCCCAAGUUUCACUAAGAGGACUCCUUCUCCAUGUCUAGGAUCUUCUGUUGUUUCCUGGUAGUGAAUUAAUCACAGUGUGCAUGGUGAUAAUUCUGGUAUUGUAUUCUGCUCAGGUUGUUUCAUGAUACCAAUAAAAGUCUGUCUUCUAAGUACAAGGACAGGCGGGUUAUGUAGUUUGAUGAAUUGUUAUUUAGUUUGAUGAAGUGUUUGUUCACUAUUUUUAUAAAUCAGAAAGUAUACAUCCCCCUUUUUAAGUAAUCACGAAAACAUUUCAACUUUGAACUCUAACAUUUAAUUGCUACAAUCAUAGAAUUAUUCAUUAAAUGAUCUAAAUUUUUAAAUCAAAUCAUAAAAUGAUAGCAUAUUAACAACUUCAGCAUAAUGCACAUAAAGAUGCAGAUGCCUGUAUUUUGUACACAAAAAUAUGAAAAGUAUCAUAAAAGGGUAGGUAUUUACAUACGGGUUAUCACUUGAUUUUCUAAAGAAAGAAAACAAUUUCCAGGGAAAUUAGAUCAGGGAAACACUGGCUCUUUGAGUCAGCUCCUGGGACAUGACAGCAUGUUCCCAAAACAAAUCGUACAUUAAAUCGAUACUUACUAGUUUAGGUCUUUAUUUGUACAGGAGGAAUAAAAGAUACACAAUUGAUCCAAUGCAUCUUUAAAAAUAUUUGCUGAGUAGUGAUGUUCCCAGCAUUACACUCCAUAUAGAAAGAUGUUAGAGAUUCAACUGGAAUGAAGAAAAAAAAAGGAUUUUUAUUUUUAACAUAGACGCUAACCCUUUUAUAUCUCAGUAGGUUUUAUAGUUUUUAAUUUUAGUUACUUUGGGAAAACUACCUAGGGUUCACCUACUCUACAGCCCAGAGUAGGUGAAGGUGUUGUGGAGAUUAGGUUAAACAUGAGGGGGGCAGUUUAAAGAAAAACACCUUAGGGAGCAGGCAGGUUCAGAAAUAUGGGAAUUUUUAAUUAUGUGAAUCUCUAUCAUCAGUGGAAAUUUACAACGAGAAGCCAACUCAAAAGAGGACAUGGUAGUAUUAACAGAGAAAAAGUGUAGUUUUUGUUGGUAACAUUUUUUAAAAUACCCCUGUUGCCAUUAUUUUUAAAUAUUGCUUCCAAAAGUGUUGACAGUCACUUGUAUUAUAAAUACAGGCCAAUUUUUACUGAGUGUCAGCUUGUUCUUUGCUCAAUGACUGGUACCCUGCCUGCACAACAUGUUACUAUCUCAUAUGACAACAGUAUGAACUCUUAACUUUAAAUGAGUUUCCUUUGCUGAUUACUGACUGCAAGUACUGCUCUUCUGUCUCUUGGGUUUUUUUAAUGGCUGGAAACAUUAGUUUAAACUAAAAUAAUUGUAUAGAAGAUGAAAUGUUGAACAAAAACUCUUCAUGAUUUUAGUAAGAACUUCCAGUUUCUACUGUGUGCUAAUAAGUUAUAUUACAUUUUCCUCCAAAUGAUACAUAGAUAUUUCUGACUCAGAAGCAAGAUUCUGGAAAUGGAUGAGGGAAGCAGUUGGUACUCUGCCCUGAGAUUAUGAAACAGGAAGCUAUGAUAAAUUAUCUAAAUUUACAGGAACUAAAACAGUGGAAAAGCAGACGAAAGACCCUAGAUUUCCCAUAAGCCUGCAUAUUUGGAUAGUCUUGUUGGAAAAGCUUAGUUGUUCCUGUUGUGUAAAAUUUUUAAAACCUAAGUAGUGAUUUUGCAACUCCAAAAGAACAGUCCAAAAAAUAAAAUUUAGAGUUAGAAUAAUCUUAAAACUGUCUUUUUUAAGUGAUGUCUUUUGCAGAGAUUCUCCUGAAGCUAGGGUCAGGCUUUCCUUUGUGCUUUCUCAUUCUGUCCACUUGCCACCCCACUUGCUAACCACCUCCAGAGAUGAGCAUCUUGCAAGGGCUAAUGCAAAAGAAGAAUUGCUAAUUAUUCUUUUACCCUCAGAGAGUCCAACCAGUUCUAGUUUAGUUCUAAGGUCGAUAUCACUGACUACAGCUGUCCUCAGGCAUUCAGAGAACCUGGAUCAUUUCCAUAGUCCCACAGAUCAUUUUCAGAUACCCUUGAGGAUCAUGUUUAUAGGACUUCAACAGAGUAGAUGCAAAUCCAGUUUGAAAUACAGGCUGAAGCCAAUUUAAUUGUAGUUUAGAUAUGACUGAAAAGGAACCUUCCUAUUCGCCAACCCCACGCAGACAGCUUGAACAUAAAACUAUUAUCCUUGCCUGUGGGGCAGCUGCCUAAAAACUCACUCUCUUCCAGUCUGCCAACAAAUUGAAGAGCAAAGUUCACCUGGAACUUCUCUAAGCAAAGAACGCAUUAGUAAAGGCAAAAAAUUAAAUGCUAACCCAUAUCUUGUCAAAGUAAUAAUAGUAUCUAACACAUGUAGAACUUACAAUAUGCUAGAUGCUUUUCUCAGCCCUUUUCUCAUAUUAGCUAAUUUAAUCCUCACAACAAUCUUAAAUGUGGUAACUAUUGUUAUACCUGUUUAAUAGAUGAGAAAAGUAAGACACAAGUUUACAUGGGUAGUAAAUGGCAGAGCCAAGAUUUAAUCUUAGGCAGUCUGGUUCUAGCAUUUGUGUUAAUAAUCAUCAUUCUUUUCUCCCUAGAAAGGAGAGGCUGAAUUGAUUGAGGGACCAAAUGUAUAAGGAUGGAUUCAGGGUACUGUUUAUAUGUAUAUGUAUGUUAUAUGUGUGAGCAUAUGUAUAAAAAUAUGUAUAUAAAUUGAACAUAAUCCACUUUGAAUCUCUGAGAAUAUUGUUAAUAAUCAUCAUAUUAUUAACAUUUUAUGCCUAAAUUCUACAAAUAAGCUUAUGACAGUGUUGUUAAGUAGCACCUGUUUAUCUUUCUGGCAGGUGACUUAAUGAAAAUACCAAGUUCUGAAUUGAGGAUACAAAUUUGUAAGUGUAUUGUUGAUUUUUAUCAUGCAGAACCACCAAAGAAGCAUAUUCCAGGUUACCAGCAAGCAAGUUCAUCAUACAAGAUUCAAAUGGCUGAAGUUGGAGGAUUAGCAAAAACAAUGGUCCAGUCAAUCACCUUGCUUGAACAUCAACUUGUUGAGAAACUUUGGGUACUUAAAGUUCUGCAGCAUCUCUCGACUUCUGAAGUAAAUUGUACUAUAAUGAUGAAAGCACAAGCAGCCAGUGGAAUCUGUACUCACCUCAAUGACCCAGAUCCCUCUGGACAGCUUUUAUUUCGUUCAUCAGAAAUACUUUGGAACUUGUUGGAAAAGUCUUCAAAAGAAGAAGUCAUACAACAGCUUAGUAACUUGGAAUGUUUGCUGGCUUUGAAGGAAGUAUUUACAAAUCUGUUUAUGAGAGGUUUCAGUCAUUAUGACCGUCAGCUUAGAAAUGACAUAUUAGUGAUCACUACAAUUAUAGCUCAAAAUCCUGAAGCACCAAUGAUUGAAUGUGGCUUUACCAAGGAUUUGAUACUGUUUGCCACCUUUAAUGAAGUUAAAAGUCAAAAUCUUUUGGUAAAAGGACUUAAGCUUUCUAAUUCCUAUGAAGAUUUUGAGUUGAAGAAAUUACUAUUCAAUGUAAUUGUGAUCUUAUGUAAAGAUUUACCUACUGUACAGCUAUUAAUUGAUGGCAAAGUUAUUUUGGCUUUGUUUACCUAUGUUAAGAAGCCUGAGAAACAAAAGAUAAUGGACUGGUCUGCAGCACAGCAUGAAGAAUUACAACUGCAUGCAAUUGCCACUUUGUCAUCAGUGGCUCCUUUAUUAAUAGAAGAAUACAUGUCAUGCCAGGGAAAUGCUCGAGUCCUUGCAUUUCUAGAAUGGUGUGAGAGUGAAGAUCCGUUUUUCAGUCAUGGUAACAGUUUUCAUGGUACAGGUGGCCGAGGCAACAAGUUUGCCCAGAUGCGUUAUAGUUUAAGACUCCUGAGAGCUAUGGUCUACCUCGAAGAUGAGACUGUAAACACAGAUCUUUGUGAAAAGGGAACAAUUCAGCAAAUGAUAGGAAUCUUUAAAAAUAUAAUAAGCAAGCCUAAUGAAAAGGAAGAAGCCAUUGUUUUGGAAAUCCAGUCUGAUAUUUUACUUAUCCUAUCUGGUCUUUGUGAGAAUCACAUUCAAAGGAAGGAAAUUUUCGGAACCGAAGGAGUAGAUAUAGUUCUUCAUGUGAUGAAAACAGACCCCAGAAAGUUACAGAGUGGCUUAGGCUAUAAUCUACUUCUUUUUAGUACAUUGGACAGCAUUUGGUGCUGUAUUUUGGGAUGUUAUCCUUCAGAGGAUUAUUUUCUUGAAAAGGAAGGCAUUUUUCUCCUUUUGGAUGUGUUGGCAUUGAACCAAAAAAAAUUCUGUAAUCUAAUACUUGGAAUAAUGGUUGAAUUUUGUGAUAAUCCCAAAACUGCAGCUCAUGUCAAUGCUUGGCAAGGGAAGAAGGAUCAAACAGCUGCUAGUCUUUUAAUUAAAUUGUGGAGAAAGGAGGAAAAAGAACUAGGAGUAAAACGUGAUAAAAAUGGGAAGAUCAUUGAUACAAAAAAACCUCUAUUUACUAGCUUUCAAGAAGAGCACAAAAUCAUCCCACUGCCUGCUAACUGCCCAUCUAUUGCGGUUAUGGAUGUUUCUGAGAAUAUUAGAGCAAAAAUUUAUGCUAUAUUGGGCAAACUAGAUUUUGAAAAUUUACCUGGCCUCUCCGCUGAAGAUUUUGUCACCCUCUGUAUCAUACAUAGAUAUCUUGAUUUUAAAAUUGGAGAAAUAUGGAAUGAAAUAUAUGAAGAAAUAAAAUUAGAAAAAUUAAGACCAGUCACUAUAGAUAAAAAAGCUUUGGAAGCUAUUACAACAGCAUCAGAAAAUGUUGGAAAGAUGGUUGCUUCUCUGCAAAGUGAGAUAAUUGAAAGCCAAGCACGCCAAGAUGUGCAAAAUGAACAAAAAGUAUAUGCAAAAAUACAGGCCACACACAAGCAAAGAGAGCUGGCUAAUAAAUCAUGGGAAAAUUUCUUGGCUAGAACAUCAAAUGCGAAAACGUUAAAGAAAGCAAAAAGGCUUCAAGAAAAAGCUAUAGAAGCCUCCAGAUACCAUAAACGACCACAAAAUGCAGUAUUUCACGGAACAGAUAUUAAAGGCCUUAACACAACGGUGCCCUCCGGUGGGGUAGUAACAGUGGAAAGCACUCCUGCCCGAUUAGUAGGAGGACCUCUGGCUGAUACGGAUAUUGCUCUUAAAAAACUGCCCAUUCGAGGAGGAGCCUUGCAGAGGGUGAAAGCAGUUGAAAUUGUGGAUGCACCAAAAAAGAGUAUUCCUACGUAAUAUAUUCUAGAGACUUUUUGAAAUAAAAUCAGCUCGUAAUUUUUUAGUUGAAUAUAUCUUUAUACAUAUGUAAAGCCAAUAUUUUAGAAUAAGUAUUUGAGUAUAAAUAUUUUAGUAAAAUACUAUAAAAAUAAAAGGACAUAUAAUUUAUGUUUAUGGAAAACAUCAACAUGUAAUAUCAGAAGAGUUGUCAUCAGUUUCUUUGGAAAGGCUACCAAUUUUAUUAAGUGAAAUUGUAAAACAUCAGUUAGGACUCUGUUGGUUGCAUGUGAACUAUUCUAACUAGUUUAAGCCAGAAAAAAAAUUUCUUACAGGCUCUGUAUCUAUCAAACCUAGGAGGAAUUUAAACUACAGGCAUUGCUGAAUCUAAGGACUAAAACUAUAUGAGUAGGAUCUUCUCCUUCCCUAGCAGCUCCUGGCUUAUAUUCUCUUAGGUUCAUGCCUGUGUCUCCGUGGUUUCUGCAAAUGCCUAUGCAUCUCAGGACCCCGAUUGCCCACAUGCCUACUUCUGAGCCAUUCACCAUGACUUUGGCCAUGGCUGAGUACUGCCUAUUCCUGGAGCCAGAAGCAGGGCAACUCCAUCCAAAACAUAUGGAUAGAGUGGGGAAUCAGGGUACUAUUACCAGAAGCACGUAUAUAUGAAUAUUGGACAGCAAGAUAAACAAUAACUCUGCAACAAAUAAGUUGGUCAAAAUAAAAUUAUGUUUUCUCUGCUAUAAAAGCUAAUGUUAGUCAUGAGCUAAAUGGUAAAAAAGAAAAAUAUAGCUGGUUUUACUCUUAAUGUAUAAAUAUGCAAAGCAAA